GGUUUUUCUCUUGAUGGCAGUCUUCGAAACAGGGGGCCGAUUCCAAAAGGAUUUUCCCCGGUGAUAUUUGCUGAGAUACUAUGGCUGAAAAUACCAAGUCGUCAACUAGUAAUAGAAAACAUACGGAUGAACAAGAAGUAACCUUUUCGCCCGUAAAAUCACCAGUUCCCCAGUACGAUGGCCGUCACCAGGGCAACCUUACUGGCAUACUAAGGAAGGUCAAGGACACAGCUGCAGACGUUCACAAUCAAAUCUUAAAAUGGAAGAAACUUAAUACUGAAGGAAGCAACAUCAUAAGUGAAAUAGCUAACACCAAAAUAGAAAAAGUGUUCAACGUUGAGGGAGAGGAGUUUGAUGAGAACCAGCUGCCUGCCAGCCUGGAGUCUCUGUGUGACAGACUCACCUCUGUAUAUCAUAACAUGGAGAAGAUUGUCGGGAAGCUGCACCAGAUGAGGGCUGCCUUGUGUGGUGUGCAGGCUCUGUCUCAACACAAGGGUGGGGAGGACGACAUUUUGUUUCACACAUGGAAUGUGCAGGAUUUUGUAAUUACAAUGGACCAGCUGAUUGAGAUGUACCUUUCUGAGCUGAAACUGAAGAAGUCCAUUGCUGAAAAUGUUGCUCAUGCAGAGAACCGGCAAACAAUGAUGUUCUACUCUGCUGCAUGGAUACAUCAGCCCUACGUGGAAGACUCGGCCCAGAUGUUGGUGGAGAGUCUGAUAACAGAGACUGGACACAAGUGACAUCUCUACAUGCUAGGCUGAUGUGGAAGCCUCAGACAAGAGUGUGGUGUGUCUGGCUACCAAGACUGGUCACUGGUGACAUCUCGACAUGCUAGGCUGAUGUGGAAGCCUCAGACAAGAGUGUGGUGUGUCUGGCUACCAAGACUGGUCACUGGUGACAUCUCGACAUGCUAGGCUGAUGUGGAAGCCUCAGACAACAGUGUGGUGUGUCUGGCUACCAAGACUGGUCACUGGUGACAUCUCGACAUGCUAGGCUGAUGUGGAAGCCUCAGACAAGAGUGUGGUGUGUCUGGCUACCAAGACUGGUCACUGGUGACAUCUCGACAUGCUAGGCUGAUGUGGAAGCCUCAGACAAGAGUGUGGUGUGUCUGGCUACCAAGACUGGUCACUGGUGACAUCUCGACAUGCUAGACUAAUGUGGAAGCCUCAGACAACAGUGUGGUGUGUCUGGCUACCAAGACUGGUCACUGGUGACAUCUCGACAUGCUAGGCUGAUGUGGAAGCCUCAGACAAGAGUGUGGUGUGUCUGGCUACCAAGACUGGUCACUGGUGACAUCUCGACAUGCUAGGCUGAUGUGGAAGCCUCAGACAAGAGUGUGGUGUGUCUGGCUACCAAGACUGGUCACUGGUGACAUCUCGACAUGCUAGGCUGAUGUGGAAGCCUCAGACAACAGUGUGGUGUGUCUGGCUACCAAGACUGGUCACUGGUGACAUCUCGACAUGCUAGGCUGAUGUGGAAGCCUCAGACAAGAGUGUGGUGUGUCUGGCUACCAAGACUGGUCACUGGUGACAUCUGAACACACCAGUUCUGUUUGGAAGACUCAACCAAGAUGAAGGUAUGGCUGGCUACCAAGAUUGGUCAUAGGUGACAUCUGGGCACACCAGCUCUGUAUGGAAGACCCA